AUGUUCGGUAUGAAAGGUAAUCUUCAUUUAGGUUUGGCUGAACAAAUUCGACUUUUGCUGAAUGAUAAUGAAAUUCCAUUCGAAGACCAUCGAAUUCCUAAAACGGAAUGGGAGAAAUUCAAACCACAAUUCCAUUUUGGACAAGUACCAUGCCUGUUUGAAGAUGGACAUCAGAUUGUGCAAACUGGUGCAAUAAUGCGUCAUUUAGCUCGAAAAUUCAAUUUAUAUGGGACAAAUGAAAAUGAAGCAACGUUCGCAGAUAUGUUUUAUGAAGGCAUUCGAGAUCUACACAACAAAUAUACAAAAAUGAUCUACUUAGCCUAUGAAACUGAAAAAGAUAGUUUUAUUGAAACUAUACUGCCUGAGGAACUUGCAAAAUUUGAAAAACUACUGAAAACUCAUGGAAAUGGCAAUGGUUUCAUUCUUGGUGAUAAGAUAUGUUUUUCGGAUUAUGCACUCUUUGAAGAAUUGGAUAUAAUGGAAAUUCUUGAUUCGAAUAGCUUGAACAAUUUUCCUCAUCUUAAAGCUUAUCAUCAACGUAUGCACGAUCGUCCAAAUAUUAAGGUUUUUGAUGAUAUGGAUUUUUUAGUUAAGGUUCUAAAAAAAUAA